UGGUGUCUCGUGCGCGGGUGCGCGCCGGCCCCCGGGGGAGCUCCGAGGCAGCGCGUGCGGCGCGCGACGGCCGGCUGCGGGCGGGCACGAGCUGCUGCUACUGCUGCGCCCUUGCGGGGGUCGGUGAGGGGGAGGCAGGCAAUGCCACCUAUUGGUGAUGCCCUAUGUUAUCUUCUGCUAUAGAAUUAAUUACACACGAGAGGAAGCAUGAGUAAAUGCAGAUCUAUGAACCAGCUGGUACUUUGAGAAAAGAUAUGAAUCGUGGAUAGUGCCUGAGAAGAACUGGUGCAGAAUAGAAGCCAUUAAAUGGAGAUGAAAUUGCUGAGAACAGCCAGUGGAUCUGUCUGGGUUUACGAGGACAUUCAUGUUAAAUUAGGCUCUCUCUGCCGGUGACUGGCUGUGGAUUUAUGGAGGUGCCAGGGAGCAGCUUUGAGUAUUGCCACGCACAACAUUGUGCCCACUGAGGAAGGGUCUCUGCCGGCUCUCCUGCCCCUGGGUCCGUGCCCUCGGGUUUAACCAUUCAAAUCUCCCGUGUAUGGCUCUCGCAGCCAAGGGACUUCUGCUGGCUGCUGCCACAGCCUGAUCUGCUUCGGGCCCCCAUCGCUGCUCCCAAGUACUCCACCUAUCCAGAUGGGGUAACGUGACAGAGCGCAACGGCACGCAAGGAGGUUCCCUGAUGCAAAGGCCUUUCUAGAGAGGAGAGCAAGGAAACCGGACAGCGCAGAAGGCAGGGAGGGUGGCGGCUCUGGAUUGCACGCCCAAAGGAAACUGACACUACAAAGGGAGAUUAUUAUUUUUUAUUAUUAUUAUUAUUAUUUGGCUUCAAGCACAUGGCUUUUUGUGUGUGUUGGGGGAUCUAACACACUCCCAAGAGCUGGGAAUAUUUGCACAACAUUUGUGUUGGGUUUUUUUUAAAUUACUUCCUCUUCUCCCCCCCCCCCCAAAACUACUGGUGUUUUUUUUGUUUUUUGUUUUUUUUACCUCUCGUCCUUCUUUCUUUAUUUCCCCCUGCCACCCUCACUUCACCAUGGCCCGUAUGAAUCGGCCUGCACCUGUGGAGGUCUGCUACAAAAACAUGCGGUUCCUGAUUACCCACAACCCCACCAAUGCCACGCUCAGCACCUUCAUAGAGGAUCUGAAGAAGUACGGCGCGACAACAGUCGUGCGGGUCUGCGAAGUGACCUACGACAAGACUCCCCUGGAGAAGGAUGGCAUCACAGUAAUGGACUGGCCCUUUGAUGACGGCGCUCCUCCCCCCAGCAAAAUAGUGGAAGACUGGCUCAACUUGCUGAAAACCAAGUUCUGCGAAGACCCUGGCUGCUGCGUGGCAGUUCAUUGUGUGGCUGGCCUGGGCCGAGCUCCUGUUCUCGUAGCCCUGGCUCUGAUUGAGAGCGGGAUGAAGUAUGAAGACGCCAUUCAGUUCAUCAGACAGAAGCGCAGAGGAGCCAUCAACAGCAAGCAGCUAAUGUACUUGGAAAAAUACCGGCCAAAGCAAAGACUCCGAUUCAAGGACCCUCACAACCACAAGAACAAAUGCUGCAUCAUGUAACCUCAGCAACCUCUUGCCAAAACACUCGCACAGACACACACAUGUGGGCACGCAGGGUCGGACGGUGGAGUUGCGGGGAGCUUGGACAAAGUGGCACUGACCUUUCUUUGUAAAUGGGGCGCUCUCUCUUUAAAAAAUCGCUGCACGCCUGGCCAGCUAAGGUCGAGGAGGGAAGAUGGUUAGGCAUCUCACUCCUGGUUUUAAUGGACAGAGAAUUAGCCCAUCAUUCCUCCCACCCCAAAAAAUCUCCCUUCCCCCUCCUCCCCCCUUCCCCACCUGCAGGCGGAGCUUGAGUUGAUCUAAAUUCUUUGCACUGAGAGUGAAAACCAUCAUCCUACUGAACCCACCUGCAGGAAGAGAUCUGCCUAUGCUGUGCUGCCCUGGGGAUGGGUUGUGGGAGGGAAAGAUGCAGAGAAUUUGCCUGCUGCCUGGCGUGUGACAGCCACAGUCUGGCGCUGUGUCAAAUACGUGUCGGGCCAGCCCCUUCCACUGGUUUGCUGGAUCGGGGGUUAGGACAUGAUCUGAGGUUGGGUUUCCUCUCUGGUGACAGACAUUCUUCUCUCUGUGCUGCUCUUCAUUAGGGCAGCAGUGUUACACGUCCCAGUGGGGCACAUAGGAUCAAGAGCAAGUGGCUUGUUUUAUUUCCCUAAAGGGCUUCAGUAGAGUUGGCUCCAGUCAGUCACCUGGGGCAGGGUGUUGUUGAGGGAGGAGGCGGCACUGGACAUACGCUGCUCCCUGACUGAAUUCCAGCCCUGCGCUGAACAUCCCCUGUGUGUCUCGCGGGAUCGUGACUCUCCAGCAGAGAACUCGGUUCAUUCAGAUCUCAAGGGCUCUCUUCCCCCUCCCAGCUACCUCCCUCAUUUGCCUGAAAAGAACCUGGCCCAAGAGUUCCUUUUCUUCUUCUGAAAUCAAAUGUCGUCUUUUGGGGGUGUGGGUUGUACACUAGGGUGAGGGGGGGUGGGAAUGGAAGGAGAGCGCAUUGCUGGGGCUAGUAAAGGGUCUUCUAGCUGGGAGGAGAGGGGCUUAAGUGUGGAUGCUAGCCCGCUGUUGGACAGGUGCAUCCCAGAGCAUAUUCACACCCUCCAAAUAGAGACUCCGGGACUGGGUUGGUGCCGGGGCUGACAGGGAGGGAGAAGGGGCAGCCAGACAAUUUGAUGUCACAGAGGCGAAGCAUGCAAGGGAAUUGGAAGUAUGUGAAGUUUCAGUCUCUUUCUUGGAUCAUAGGAGUUUCCCGUCUGGCUCAGCGUUAGUGUAACUAGCCAGGAUCUGCUUGUUUCACCUUGAAAGCCACCAUCUGGCUGGAAGACUGAGCAGCUUCCUACAUCAAGUGAACCCCAGGAGAGCACAAGGAGGCGGGUGGUGAUAUUGCUCUUGAAAUUUGUUGUCUUUUCCCCUUCUGUCUGGGUCUGAUCUUCCCCUUGGCACGGCGUCGUUGCAGCAGCUUCCCAUUUGGGUAGCCAGCCCUCCGCGGUGACAUGCCCCUUUGGCCAUGACCCGUGGCUGGGGUUAGCUACCACUGCCCUCGGGGAAACAUCAUGAAAGGGGCUAAGAGAUGUUGGGUUCUCUCCAGAUUGCUGCAGCUGUAACCCCAGGCGGCUUGGGGAAAUGAGCUGAGAUCCUCUCCCUUGACACACAUGGCCUGCAUAAGUGCAUUACCCAGGAAAGGGGAGCACCUCUGUUACAGAAGGCCAGUCCGGCGAAGCAGUGACUCCAGAACUCUGCUUCGGCAGAGAUGCCCAGAUUUGUAGGGGGAUGGGGCCUCUGCAGAAAGGCAUUACUAUCCUGUCUUACCCCUUGCUCCCCUCUAAGGAAUCCAGGGGAGAGCAAGUGGCAGGUCUUUUCCUGGAAUGCAGGUGUCAGCUUCCCUAGAGCACUGCCCACGUGUGUCCUGUCACUUCUGACCUCUUUAUUAAAUGCACAAGCUUUACAAAAUGGGAAGAAGAUGUUUAAUAUGCUGCUUGCAUGAUGAUGGGAAUGGGUGCUGCCGCGGGCAGCGUUUGGCUCGGAUGCUGCCGUUGAGGGCUAGCGGGCAGAGCACAGCAAGUGCCCACAAUCCCAGCUCCAUCAUACACUUCCCCUGUGGCUUGUGCACAUCACGUCGUGUGUGUGUGUGUGUCCCGAAAGAGGAGAUGAGCGGGGCUGGGAGGAUGGAUGCAAACGCCAAGCAGCCGUUGAGUGUUAGGGGAGUGCUACGUGGUGGUGUCCUCCAGGAAGCUGCCCCUGCUAAUCUGCAUGAAAGUCGCUGGGGUUCUAGGUUUGGGGAGGGGCUAGGAAAGGCCAGUCUCUUGCAUGCAGGUCCUGUUGGGGGGAAGGAUUAAGGAAUUCUUCCUCCAAAUCCUGCAUCCAUUUCUAAGGGCUCUCUGUUACAUCGUGUGCGGAGGGGAGCCUGUGCCUGAAGAAAGGGGAGAUUCCAUGUGGGCAGCCUGCUCUGUUUGGAAGGGGCAGGCGAGAUGGGAACAUCCAAACAGGUGCCACUUGCUUCUGACCCUGGGCUUGGGGAGUGCAGUGCUCCCCUGUGGGUAUGGGGAGGGAGAACAGCUUGGAAACCCCCAGAGUCUUCCCUUCUCUAUAUGGCUCCCUUCUGUGUCGGGAAGAAUAGGGCCCCGUGUUUCUUCACGGGUGGUGAGGACUGGCAUGGCCCAUGCCAUUGUUUUUCCCUGUGGCUGUGCAUUUCUCCGAGCCCAGAACAAGGCUCCUUUAAAGGAGCCAGGCUCAGAAAUCACCCACUGCCGGCUUGCUCUUCCCUAACCACCAGCCAGUUGGGGAAGAGGGUCUCUAAAGGGAUUUCAGUGACACUUCUCAGAGAUGCAGCCCCAGGGAAGGGUUUUUUCCUGCUUCCCAGCCCCCUGGCUGUUCCAGGUUCUGCCAUGAGCUGGCCAGCCCCACAAUAUCUCUCCUGCCCCCAAUAUCCAGGAACUAGCGAUUGUUUAAAACUGGGGGCGGGAAGCAGUCACCUUCUCUUGUGGCAGAUGAAUCUGCAGUGCAAGGAGUGUUUGUGAGGGAGGGAGAUGCAGGAACACCAUCCACGGGAUAUCUGGCUCACCACUGCAGAUGCUUGUGGGGCUCCGGUGAACCUAGCGAUAGGGAGUUCUCCACCCAGCAGCUGUCCUGAGUCGCUCUCUGAGCAUGCCCAGAUGCUGCCAAGGACGCUUUGUACGGCCCGCGGAUGCUCCUUGCUGUUUAAGGCCAUGUGACAUGGAAGAUGGCCGAUUUCCGCCCUCCCCACUGUGCAGUGGAGAAUGGAACGUGCUGGCCCGGUGUGAGCACGGCUUCAGCGGUGCUGCGCCAGCUCAACCCCUGUGCAUGGGUCAGUCCGAGAGGAGAGGUCAUGCCUCUUCCACUGUCCCCUCUAACUUUGGGGACAAGCUUGGGGGUAAGGGGGCAAAUUGCCCUCCCUCCGCUUUGUACACUGCUGUAUGCUUCCCAGUUUGUCAGCGCUAUCGGAUUUGACCUCGCCUGGGUCCCAGCUCAGGAUCUCUGUAAGCAGGCGCCUCCUUGUCAGGCAUUCGAAGCGUGGAUGGGCUCAGCAAUUCAUCUUCCCCAGCCCACAACCUCUACUGCUGCCCUGCAGCCAGCAGUAAAGAUGGCGCCCUCCAGUCUAGAAAGAGACGCUGAUGUCUCCAAGCAAAACAACCUGCAAGGUCACGCGUGCCCUGGACGUGCUUCAAACUCCUCCUUGGAGUCAGUGCCUGGCUUUGGCUUUGGGAUCUGCCUUGACGUGGUCUAUGCCAGCGCAACCCAUUGACCCUGCACACACCCUCCCCCAAGUGAAAUCCUUAACGCAGGCAUGCUGGAGCAUGGGUGUGUGUAAACACAUGGCGACAAUUACAUCAUAAACACCGCUGAGUGUGCUUAUGGGGCAGCUGUCCAGUGGCCGAACUGACGUAUUUAAACACCCAUCACAACAAGCUUUUUUAAAAUGUGUUUUCUUCUUGCAAGGGCAGGAAUUAACGGAUAAAAAAUGGAACAUAUUUGGUUUCCACAAAUCCUCUGGCCUUUCUUCUCUCAUCAGCUCCAUUUCCAAGCUCUGCAGGGCACUGCAGCUCAUCAGGAACAGGGGCUGGAAGUCCCACCAAGGGAAAGAAGAAUAUAAACUCCCCCCCGCCCCGUGCAGAACACAAAGAAAUUAUGAGAAAAGAUCCACAGCCCAUUGCAAAACCUUCCGGGGAAGCCAACCCAAGUUGUUCAUGCUUAUUGCAUCCCGAAUUGGAAAUGUAGCCCAUGCGUGCGGACCCACUCACCUGCCAUGAAUGGAAAGGACUCGGCCCCUCUGUGUAAUUUGUGAUUGUAACUCAUCAUUGUAGAAUCUUCCAUGACUAUCACAUGGGGAUCAUAAAUGGGUAUUACAAAUGCUGAUUUCAUCUGCGCCUUGUCAGUAAUAGAAACAUCGGACAGAACCUAUUCACGUGGAUGGGCCUAGAUGAUCAACAAUGAUCUUGAGUGCUUCUGUUUUUGAGGUGCCCAACCUGAGCUGCCUUAGAGGGGCCUUGACUUCCAAAAAGUGCUGAGGAAAGUGACACCAUUGAAAGUCUCAAAUUCUGGGCCCCUAAAACUAGACAGUCAUCAGCCACUCCUGCAAAUCUGUGCCCUGCAGCUUCAUGUCUGAUCUUGUAAAGAAGGCUUUAUAGAUUCUUCCGGCAUCUGCAAAGGAACCAGGGUAGGUUUAAUGACUCCGUGCUGCAUAACUUAUUCAGAAACCGUCUCUGGUGCUGCCUCUCCUCUACCCCAAACGCCACCUCCUGAGUCACUGCCGGCACUUCACAGGAUGCUCAUGCUGAAGCCAAGCCCAAGGGGUUGGUUAGUAGCGUCAUUCCUCCAGCUGGAACUUUGUGCUGCUGGGAGACUGUGGUGACCUCAGGUGUGCACCACACUGAGCAAUCAGUCGCUUUCACAGUGCCCCGAGCAGUGCUGUGUUUCUGUGCCAGCAGCUCGUCUCUCAUCCGCCUCCGGAUCUUGGCAGGAAUCUCCCACAAGGUCACUGCCUUCAGAUGUAAGUGAGAUGACACUGAGGUACUGUCUGUCUAGAUAGCAUAGAGUAAGAGCACUCUCACCAGCCCUCUCUUGGAUUUGCUACCAGUAUCCUCCAUGCUAGGGGAUACACUUCUCCACACAAAGGAGCUCCUUAAAUUCGCAUGGCGACAUCCAUGGUGGUUCUCCACUGUCCCAAGAUUUCAGAAUCCAGGACACACAAAUCCCCAUCUUGGUUUAACCUGACAUUAGCAGGUGCUCUACAAAUCCGCGCAGGGUAGGAGAGAGUAGUGUGUUGCUGAGUAUCAGAGAGGUUAGAGAUGGGACAGUCCUGCUGCAGCAGUAGCCCGGAGGGGAUUAAAUUUGGUGUUUAACUGAUCCAAAUUGGAUGCUCCGUUUCUCUCUGGUUUACUCCUGUAGCAUUUCUUUGCAGGCAUUCAGAGAAGAUGCUGUCGCCACUGGGUAUUUUUACUGUGAUUGUAGGUUCUCCUAACUUCUGCACCAUGUCCUAGGAGUACAUACAUCUCCACUCUGUCCCCUGCUCUCUUUGGGACACCCACCCAGCUCCCAUGAACUCCCUUUGCGUUUCUCCUCCAGUCCACCUCAUUAGCACAUUUCACCUGGGCAAGAAGCCAGCACGAUAGGGGACUGGGCGGGGAUGGGGGGGAGGCAUGGAGGAGAAGCGUGUCAAUCAUGAACUGCUGUUGCAGUCCGUGGCAGCAGGAUUGUGCCCUACAUGUGGAGCCCUUGGCAGGUUGGGGCAGGAACAGGGAUCUUUGUGGAUGUAUCAUGAGUUCCUUUAGAGGGCUGCAAAGUUCAGCUGCUGUAACCCCCAUCAAUGCUGCUUUGGUUCAACAGUGGUGGGAGGGUGCUCUUGGGCCUCUUGGUCAAAGUGCCUGGAGUGUCUCCAUACACCCCCAGAUCACAGCAGGCUGCAGCCAUGUUGCUGCUGUAGUACAAUCCAUGUACCCUGCUGAUAAAUCCUCUUUUCCAUCACAUGAUGGGCCUUUUGCUCAGUGUGUAGUUCUGUGUACGAGACACUGAUGGUUUUGGUCAGGGAGCGGGGAGGGUUCUCAUGUCUCGGGCUCACAACUGGUUAAGAAGUGUCAGUCCAGCAGAAGUUCUCUGAAGAAAUCUUUGUGCCUGCACAGUCAUUACUUGCAAGUAAAAGCGAUUGAGUGGAGCAGAGCUGGGGGUGGGAGGGAGGGUGGAGAAUACCUGUACAGAAAAGGGAUGGAGUCUUAAAGAUUCAGUUUUAAAGCCUGUGGUUAGGAUUGUCUAGAUGGGGCUAACAAAAUCAAGCAGAAAAAGUGCUCAGUUUUUCCUCAAAAAGAACAGGAGGACUUGUGGCACCUUGAGACUAACAAAUUUAUUUGAGCAUAAGCUUUCGUGAGAUUCAUUUCCACUGAAUGCAUCCGAUGAAGUGAGCUGUAGCUCACGAAAGCUUAUGCUCAAAUAAAUUUGUUAGUCUCUAAGGUGCCACAAGGACUCCUUUUCUUUUUGCAGAUACAGACUAAUAAGGCUGCUACUCUGCAACCGGAUUUUCCUGUUUAUCUCUAACAUUUGCCACCAUUUCUGGCUAGUAGCGACAGUUUAUGAUGGCCAACCAGAGCAAUAUCUCCCUCCCCCCGCCACACACACACAGAAUGGAUGAGAGGAUCUGCCGUUUCUCCUUCUCACCCCUGACAUUGCUUUAUCAUUUCUGUGGCUUGAUUCAAAGCUGGACUGUCUUUGCCUUGCCUCUCGCGCGUGUGGCAUUUCAGCAGUCGCACGGGUCUGGAUAGAGGAUGUUUGCUUGUGACUUCCCCCCACCAGCUCCUUGGCUGAGUCAUUCCUCAUGAGGACCUGCAAAGAAGGGGGAAAGAAUAGCUUUGUGCCUUUUUGUGCUUUGUGGUCCAAGAUUUCCAAAUGUGGGUGUCGAAAGGGAGGCUCCUAAACCCAUUUUUAGGCAACUAAAAUGAAAGGGGCCUGAUUUUUCAGAAGGGCUGAGCAGCCAUCCUCUUGCUGUGUUCAGUGGGAGCUGCUGGGUGCUAAGCACUUUCCCUCUGGAUGGAGGAGCCUGACUUGAGGUACCAGUUUCUGAACAGCUUGACCGCAAAGUGUUUUCAAAGGCAAUAGAAAAGGCCUGAGGUGUUGGGAUUUUUCCUGCUGUAUCCCCCCUUUCUUCCUGGGAGAAGACAAUUGGAAAGCAAGCAGGUUUCAGGUACUGGAGGCAUCGUAACCAUGAAAUGAGGCUUGCUGGAUGGUGAAAGUGAUUUAUAUUCGUGUUUGGUUUUGCUAACCCUCGUUUCUAUCAAACGCCCAACAAACUCUUGGAAGAAGAGAACUUGUAGUUCAAGAAUUGUCCUUAAUUGAAGUGGCCAGGGCAUCAAGACCACUUCUCUGGAUCAUCCCAGCAAAACUAGCGCAAAACCUGAUUGACAUUCCUGAUGUUUCAAAUAAAAAACAAACAGCAGGAGAAAUAAAUAUUUCAUGUCUCCUUUGUCUAUCACAAGGAAGCAAAAAAAAAGGCACAAAUUGAGCUGUAGGCACCAUAGACCAUAUCCUUCUUCCUUCCCUGUAAAAUGAAUUCUCUUAAAUAUUUAAAUUCCUAGCACUUUGACACUGCGCCAAACCCUAGCAUGUAUUUCAGACAUUCAGUGUGAUCGCUAUAAACAGACACACUCUGGCCAGCAUCUGAAGAACCUUUGUGCUAUUCAUGAAGGAGAGGAAUUGUCUCACUGAGCUUGAGUGGGAGUGGGAAAUAUUAACCGGGGGGGGGGGCAUUUCCUGCGUGUGUGUUACAAUGUUUUGGCUUAAAAUGAUCAUGUUUUCCCUUCUGUUCUCAAUGCUUUGUGAUUUUAAAAAAAAAAAUACUGAAAGGUGACAGUGGUGAGGAGGGUGAAAUACCCAUGUAAAUGGCCACCUUUUCAACUGAGGUUUGUUUCUACCUAUUUAAAUAUUGUGUUAUUGGUAAAUUAUAUUAUGGGUUUUGAGAUAAAGCCACCACCACCAUGCUUGGGCUGAAGGAGCUUUCAGCAACAGGGUUAUUACCGUUAGCCAAUUUGGGAAGAGGCAGGGUCUCGUCUGUCGAAACAAAAUAAGGGUUAAGUUGCUUUAUUUUUCAAAACUGACACAGGGAAGCAAAAGGAAGAUCCUUUUUUAAACUGCAGUUUACAAGUUCUUCUAUCCCAUUUGCGUCUAACCACUUGGCUACAUAGGCAGCUUUAGCUUUUGGUCUUGUUAUGGAUACUGUCUGGUGAGGUAAGAAUUCGCCUGGUGUCUUUGCUCAGUGUGGGGCCAUGGGACACUGGGCAUCACAUUUUCAAGCAUAUAACCAACAUUCUUAGGGUUUUUUUUUUUAAGUGUUCUGCUUCACUUUAGAUAAUAUUCUCCCGAAAGAGCUCUUGAUUUCCCAGCUGUUUCUUUCUCGGCAACAAAACUGCAUAUAGUUUUCCUUUUAAUCUCCAUGGGCAAUCUUAGUAGUAUGUAGAUUAAGCCCAAUGACUUUUUUGGUCUGAGCCAUAGCUAAAUUAUUAUAUCCAGUGCUUUUAUACCAGACAGCAUCACUUGGGUUAUGCAGAUGAGGUAUAGGAUCUUGACACUUUAUAACCUUUUUUAAAAGAAAAGUCUGUUUACUUAUGUCUUGUGUAAAAUUGUAUGCCUUUUAGUAAUCACUUUUUUGAGUUUUAUGAAAUUCCUAAAGUGGAUUAAGGGGGUUUUGCCUCCAGCAACAGCAGCAAAAUAAAAAUAAAAGGGUUCACUGUUUUGUA